UGAAAUUCUUCCCGUGAGCUUUGGGAGCCAAUGAGAGACAGAGCAUCGGUGUCCAUGUUGGCGUGCAGAAGGGCGUGUUGUCUCUAUUUAAACUGUUGGCUUUGCACGGAUUACACGCAGACGCAUCUUACCUGUAGAGGACAUUCUCGCCGCGCAUCCCUGCACCAGAAAUCUUCCAAAAUGGGUGACAGCAAUCCAGUCAAUCAGGAGGUCGAGCAGUUUAACAAGCAACAGCUAAGAAAGACUGAAACACGUGAAAAAAUCCACAAGCCAACCAAAGAGGAAAUUGAAGAGGAGAAGAAAGCCAUGAAAGAUGAGAAGUAACCGCCAUGACGACACACCUGCCAUGAUUCCUCUUCUUCAUUCCUGCACUGUUACACGCUCUUCCACCAAUUAGGAAUCCUGCCCAUCGUCUCCCUUUCUGCUUCUGUCUUCUCUGUGCCGCCAUGUUUGAUUAGAAAUGGUGUGUGGGUUGAUGCUGUGGGGGAAAGAUCUGUCUGUAAUCCCAAGUAGAGUAAAUGGAUGUAUUUUAUUGUGAUUCUUCCAUGCAGUUUAGAAAAAGCUGAACAGAGAAAGAUAAAGAUUUGACAGGGUGUAUGUUUAACAGAAAAAGAGAAAAAUCAUUAAGAAUUGUAUUAAUAGAAAUCAAAGAUAUUGCAUUGUUAACAAUACCAUGAGUAUGCCUGUAAAUGGUGCCAUUCAGGAAAUGUUCUGAAAAAAAAGAACACAUAAAAUCAUAUUUUUGCUUUAAUAAAAAAGGAUAUAUCAAAAA